AUGUCGGACCGAGCCGCUACAAGCUUUGGGCCGUCAGAAGAUGCUGAUAAGAUCUACGGCGACCAAACCAGAGGAGCAGGAAACAGUGAGAGCAUGUUCAGUGGCCUCACUUACGGUUUCAUGUAUUUUCAGGAACUGAUGACGUCCAAAAUCAGAACCACUGUGAGGAACCGGGACAUCCAGGAUGCUGAGGAGCCUCCCAGUCCCCACCUGAGGACGGCACAGAGGAAAACACGGAAAGAAGGUCCAGUAUGGAAGCAGUGUUCUAGCAGUCGGAUCUCCAGACUCCAUCCAAACGUAUUUGGAGGAGUUGAAGCAGAGGAUGGAGAACACAGACCACCGAGGAUGAGAAACAUGGCUCCCCUGCUCGUCUCUCCAACAUUCUGGAGUCCUGGAAUGAAAAACAUCGACGACCCUGCAGCUAAACCAUCAGUCUGCUCCACCCACAAAGAAGCGGAUUCCUCCGUCGUCUCCUCGUUGGACCGGCACCUCUUGGACGUCUGCUGUCCUGUUAAAGACUCGCUCUGCCGCAGUAGAUGGGCGCUGACAUGGAGCCAGGUUCUGCUAGAGGAUCCUUCCUGCUUAAAGCUAGUUUUCCUCUCUACUGUCACCACUACAUUCCUCAGAAGGAGGAAAUGCUAG